CUCGCUGUCGGAAGGGAACCUCGUCAGUGUAGACAAAAGAGUUUUGGCUUUGUUUACCAACAAAGCCAAAACUUUGUCCAGGCGGAUUAUUAGACCGUUCCUGUCUUCACCAGAAACACUGGGAUUUAUCUCACUGUGUUGCUUCUGUGUUCUUUUCCUCCUGGACGUGAAUGUUUGUCUCCGGUCGGACCUGUGGAUCUUAUUCGGACUCGCACUGAUAUUAUCGUUCGGACACGCUCCCACCAGCUUGACAGCGGUUAUGCUCCGCCACUGACAUGUACCCUCCGACCAGACCACCAAACCGGUCCGAUGGCUCGCCCGCAGUAACGGCGACAGAGGAGAGCGGAGGAGAUCCACCACGAGUCGGUGCCACCGGAGCACCAGCGCAAACCUCCCGUUCGAAGAACAACAACAGCAGCAGCAGCAGCGACACCGGCUCCAGCGGAGGAGGAGGGGAGCCGCUCUCGCCGGCUCGGUGCAGAAGCAGUUCCUCCGUGGACAGCCUCGACGUGUUUCAGAAGAGGUCUAUAUUCACCUCCCCUCGCCGCCACUCCAGUGGAUAUUUCUCCUUCGACAGCGACUCGCUGCCGAGCACCCCGCUCUCCCCGCGGCCGGUGACGGCUGACAGAGCCACGCAGACCCCGAGCCCCAGCGGCCAGGCGAUGAACCACGCCUUGCAGCGCAUGGCUGAGGCGCACGGUGGAGGACCGGGGACGCGGCGGCUGGUUGGAAGCUCUCCCAGCCCCUCUAGCAUGCUGCAACGAGACGCAGCAGAGGAGAUGCAGGAGGAGGCAGUCGGACAGGAGCUCCGACGAAUUGGAGAUGAUUAUAACAGACACCUCCUGCUAAGGGGGGCGGCAGGCGGACGCAGGCAUGUUGUCAUCCAUCCGAACCAGCUGCCGCAAGUCCAGCAGGGGCCCACUCUGCUGCUGUGCAUGGGCCUCCUGCUCCUCGUGGUCGGACGGCUAAUCUACAUGCAGGGCAGCACGAACCUCCAGGACCACUCUCAGGUUUAGCCUCUGGAAAACCCAGCGGACGUAGCAUUUUUCUGAAUAUAUUUGUGUUUUUGGAUCUAUCGCAUCUUAAAUCUUCCUUUGCAAUGUGGGUGACUUGAUUUUUUUUACUCUCCGUGCUUUUCUGUUUCAACUGAGGAGGGAGACUUUUAAUUUUAACGGAGAUUACGUAUGAACACCUUUUAUGGAACUCUGUAACGCCUGUAUUUUUGAUGUUGCGCCUGUGUUUUUCCUUCACGCUCUCUGAGCCCUUGCGAUGCUACCAAAGAGCCUGGAAUUUGCACUCCUCUCCUCAUGUCAUCUAAAUAUGCCUCUCUGCAAAACGACGCCUGCGGACAUUCAACAGUGCCUUGUACAGUUUCCUUUCUUCUUUUUUUUUUUUUUGUAUCUUACUUUAAGCUUCUUUUUGUACAGAGAUUACGUGUUCACUGGGAGAUCAACUCUGCAGACCCGGGGUUGUUAAAGAACGUGGGUCCGGUUAACUGAACAUUCCCCUGUCAAAGUUUUAGUUAGGGAAAAACUCCUCGUCACAUAGGUAUCCAGGAUGCGACAGACUUGUGACCUGUGUGGGAACCAACUGGGCCAAAGCUUUUUUUUAUCCAACAUCUCAAUCACAGUGUUUUUUCGACAACAACUGUGCCAUUUCACUUUUAGCUACCAUUAAAUAUUGUGUUAUGCUCGCACUGUCAACUGUUAAUCAGUGUUUUCAGCCCCAGGAAAUGUAUUGUCUCACAUAAAACACCAUGUUUUGCAGAAUUUUGCAGCAAAACUCCUGUUCAGACUAGAUUAAUAUUCCACGGAAAGGAGAGGUUGGAAUUGAAAUGUUUUCUGUGUUCAGAAUGGUAUUCAUGCUGUUUACGAAAUCCAGCGCUAUGCUUCGAGAAUAUUCAUGAUCAGCAGCUGAGGUUUUUCUUUCAAAAAAUGAUAUUUGGUACAGUAAAUAACUAAAUAAGGGCAAACAAACAAACCCUGGACUGAUCAGUACAUGUUAAUAUUAACCAUCUUUCCCCAAAAAUGAAAUGUUUGAAUGCUUGAUAAUCUGCAUUAAUGAUAUAACGUCCAUUUUAAUGUUUUGUGUCAUAUUUUAACACCCAAGGUUAAGUUUUAGCUACAGUGGCUCCUGCUACUGUAAAUAUUUUACCUAAUCUCGAUUUUUUUUUAUUCCUUCAAAGGUACAUGAAUUGAGAAAGCAGAUUUCGUGAAAUGAGUUUUCUGAACAUGCACAGUUGGGAAAAUUGAUACAUGAAUAGUUUUAUCAAUGUAUUUCAUGAACACUUCACGACUCAUUCACCAGCAUUUCGUGCACAACAGACAUCACGAGCAGUUCCUUUGUAAAUACCAACCGUAGAGUAUCUGAUACCAGUCUUCCUCUGCACAGACGAGCCCCUGUUUCUGAAACCACUAGAGCCAUUUGGCACAUGACACCCACCCCCCCCCCUCACUGAAGUCUAAAAGACUGAGAAGAUUUCUAAGAAUUUCCAAACCACUUUCAUCACCAGAUACAAUGUGUGUUUAUUGAUUCGUACAAAGUCCCAAACAAACAUUCAGAGGCUUCACUUUCUUUGCUCUGGUUGUAUUUGGCGUCAAAACAAAGAUUUAGCAGCUUGAUUAUCCAAACCAAGAAAAGAUUUGUUCACUCAUUAAUACAGCGAUGAUAUUUUAAACCAUUUAAAUCCUUUAAAGUGUCACGUUUACUCAUCUCCGGCCCCUCUGCGUUUUACAAACCUUCAUUUGACAUCGUUUUAACAUCUUCUUCCGCAAUAAGUGAUCGAACCAGUCCUGUUGCUGUUCUUAGUCUCAGCCUCUGGAUUUGUCAUUAGUGGCUCCACUGAGCGUAGCGUGUACUGGUUUGUUGACAAGGUCAUGUUAUCCGUUUAUUAGCACAGCGAUUCAGACGCAGGCCAAGUCUCAUCACGCCUGCCAGGUCAUUAAACACUCACGAGAGAGAUUUCUGGACAGAAACCAAACACUGGAUAACAGAGUCAAAGAGGGUUUUGUUGCUGACUGGUUAUCUAACAGUAACAACAAACACUGAUAAUACUUUUAGUUUUGUCUUUGUAUAUAUGAAAAGAUAUCAGUCAUGGAGAAUUAAAAUUUUUUUUUUUUUAAGGUCUUGGCUCCUGAUUACUAAAAUGCGUGUUAGGAGUUACGGCUGAUUCAAUAAACAGCUUGGGAAAGUGUGAAAGCCCUUAAAUGCAUAAAUCCAAAAUAUGAAAUGCCGUUUAAAAUGUGUCAUUGUCCUGAAUUAGACUUAUGCAAGAGAAAUUUGACCUAAGCACCUUAUGUCAUCAAGAGAUCGUACGUUUUGUCUCUUUCACGUAGGUGAGGAAGCCGACUUUUAAAAUCAAACACUUGAGAUAAAGUGUUAAUCUUUAUUGUGAUCUCCACUGUCCUUGAGAACAAACGUAUUUUAAAGACUCAUUUAUGCUGCGUACACGUACGUUAGGAGAUACGACGCUUUCAAACGCUGUAACCGUCACUGUCCACGUGCUUCCACGGGUCUGUUGCAUUGAAAUGGUAAUAGCCACUGGAGGGCACUGCGAAUUUGUCGAUGGCCACAUGACAAAUGUGGUUUCUUACCAACUUGUAAAGUUCCGUCACUGUCGAAAUUUCGCACUCACGUUAUCCUCUUGCAUGAACUAUUGGCUACACUGCCCCCACGAUUCCCGCCGGUACUGCUCUGUUUUGACUGUUUCGUUCAUAUUUGGAAAGUUUCCGCAGAGUUCAGACAGAAGCCUCCGUCCGUUUUCCGUGUCAAACGUUGAGCAUAAAUGAGCCUUAAAUGUCCAGUGAUGCAAGUGUGAAAGUGACCAAAGAGAAACUACCCGGGGGGGGGGUUUGGGCUGUUGUUGAUGGUACCAGUGAAAUAUUCUGUUGUUUUGAUCUGUAUCAGUUAAUCACAAAAUCACGUCAGCCGCAGUUUGACUGGAAUAAAAAUGGAAAUGCAAUUUGUUUUAUGUUUGGCGAGAUCAACCGGCGUCACUGAAACGUCCUUUAAAGCAAUUUGACCGAGAUCUGAAUAAGGAGAUUUUUCAGGAAUCCCACUUAAUGCAUUUAAAAGCUUUACUCCUCAGUCGGACUUAAUCCGAUUCAAAUGAAAGUGUCGGUUGUUAUUUGUGUUACGUGUGUUGAAUUAAUGCGUCCAAAACAAAUUUGUAUCGCUCCCUGUGAGGUCAUCCAGACCAGCAGCAAAUCACAGCAGCAGCGGACGUUUGUUGUAAAACAUUCAAUAACCAAAGUCCAUGAGUCAUCUUGGAUGUUUGCACAAUUCUGUCAACACCAAUUCAUAACAGAUUAAAUGUGAUCUGACUUUCA